CGUAAUUUGGCGUCUUGCUUCACACGAGUGCGUCCAUAAGAGUCCUGAAGCGGCGGAAGAGGCAUGAUUUUCCAAGCACAGACUGCUCUUUCACCGCCUUAAACCGGACAGACGCAAGCCUAGAGAACACACGACCAGAUUUAGACGGUUUUUUCUCAUUUUCAAACGCAUUUGGCUCAUUUCCUGCAGUAUAAACUUGUUUAUUAGCUUUAGCCAGGUUAGCUUGUAUUCGGAAACUGGACAAGUAUGAUCAGCCUGGCUGUGGAUUUAUAGGCCCGUUUCAACAGAAGAUUCAUUCGUCUCUUGUGAAACCGCAAUGUCACAUACUGUAGUAAAUAUAGCCUGUUGUUUGUGUUAUUCCAAGAGCAGAGCUGUCUGAAGUUGAUGUAGGUUUGUAAAGCUGAACAAAAUCCAGGAAAACUGGAGAUCACAGCGAGGAAAUCUGUUCAGGAGAGCAGACUAAAGCCCUUUCUGCCUUCAAACUCAUCCGUUUAGACCAAAUCGAGGCCGAACAUCCAUCCAAAGCCUUUUCAUUUCAUCUUCAGAGAGAGAAUAAAGCACAAAAACAGGCUGAUAUGAUGUUUCCACAAGCCAGGCACUCGGCUUCGUCUCAGUCGACACAGCCGCUCAAGUUCACCACGUCAGACUCUUGUGAUCGCAUCAAAGACGAGUUUCAGUUCCUGCAGGCACAAUAUCACAGUCUGAAGUUGGAAUGUGAUAAACUGGCGAGUGAGAAAUCUGAAAUGCAGCGUCAUUACAUAAUGUAUUAUGAGAUGUCAUACGGACUCAACAUGGAAAUGCACAAACAGGCAGAGAUUGUGAAGAGAUUGAAUGGAAUCUGUGCUCAGGUGUUGCCUUACCUGUCUCAAGAGCACCAGCAGCAGGUCCUGGGGGCGAUUGAUCGAGCCAAACAGGUCACCCCUCCUGAGAUGAACUCUAUUAUUCGACAGCAGCUUCAGGUUCACCAGCUCUCUCAGCUUCAGGGUUUGGCGUUACCCAUGACCCCUCUGCCCCUGGGCUUGACUCCGCCCACCCUGCCCGCCGUCACCUCCAGCUCCGGCCUCCUGUCUCUGUCCAGCAUCCUCGCGUCUCACGCACACCUGGCCAAAGAGGACAGGAGCUCCCGCGACGGGGCCGAGGGCCACCGCGAGGACGACGCAGACAAAUCCAACUAGCCUUCAUAGAGACGCUUGGAUUCUGUGCAGAAGAACAGGCAACUCCUGUCUCACCGGAUUGGGUCUGAUUCAAUCUCUCUCUCUCUCUGUUACUACAGCGAAUCUUUAUUCCGUAAUUGUUUGAUUCAUUUGCUUUUCAUUAGUGGUGUUUGCUAAGGCUCUAUUAAUAUUGCUCAUACUUUGGGUUAGUGAUUUGAACAAACCCAUAUCCCUAAGAACUGAACUUCAGCAUGUAACAAGGUCCUUAUCCAGAGACCUGAAUAUAAUAAAGACUCUUAUGAGUCACCCAGAAUGCCUGGCAAUGCUCUCGCAACAACCUAGUAACUGCAUGGUUGUCCUCUCAAGCACCCCAAACAUAACCACUCAGAACAGUUUAGAAAGCGCACAGCAACAGCCUCCAUACGUACCAGUCAAUAUAUUUCAUCAUAUUCUAUUCUGGGCGUAUCUAGUUACAUAAAGAGUUUUAACACUCUGGUGACCCUUUCACAGGAAUGAAUUCACGUGUUUUACAUAAAAAGACGACACUGUCUAUAUUGCCUUCAGAAAGGUAUAAAUGCCUUACGAAGGCCUUACCGUGUGUGUGUGUGAUUAGGACAGUGACAGACAAAAACAGAUGUUCCUAGUUCAGACCCACAUGCUCAUGUCAUGGUUGUUUUUCUGUUUGCAGUGAAUGUGUUUCCAUGUGUGACCAGCAGGUGGCAGCCAGUGAGUGUGCAGCUGUAAUAGCAUACUAUCAUACUACUACUAGAGCAGUGCUUCUCCUAGAUUUGUCUUGAACCUUGAUUUGAUGUGAUAUUAAACUUCAGUUCCUAUUUAUAUCUAAAAGUACGUUAUUAGUGAUUAAAUCAUUGAUUUAGUCAAUCAAGAUACUAAAAAGCGUCUUGUAUAAUAUGACAAUAAUAAAUAAUCAAAUGAAAAACAUACAAUAAUUAACUAUUUUAAGUUUCUAAAAUCACACUUUACAGUAAGGUCUCAUUUGUUAACAUUAGUUAAUGCAUUGACUUCCAUGAACUAACAAUGAACGAUGUAUUUUUACUGCACGUAUUAACCUUUGAUAAUGUUAGUGAAUCAAAAUUAUUGUAUUAUUAUUAAUACAAUAAUUCAUGCUUUGUAUUAAUAGCCUAAAUGUUGAACCUAACAUUAACUAAGAUUAAUAAAUGCUGUUUAAGUAUUGUUAAUGUUAACAAAUUAAACAUUACUGUAAAGCUUUACCAAUAUAUCAUUGAUUAAAAUAUCAGCUUUGUCAUAAUUUUCCAAGGCAAUUUAAUAAAUAUAACUGUGCUUUGCGGAAUAACCUUUUUUUUUUUUUUUGAAUGGACUCUACUUGCCGAGUGUAGCAUUCAGUACAUACUGCUCAGUUAGUAGUAUGCUAGUAUUCCAGGCUGUUUUAAAGACAAGACUACUUAAGGUUGUACAUAUGCACGGGUGCAUUGUGGGUAUUUUCUAAUUGUGUGUUCCUGGACAUUUGUUUCUUGUGUCCCAUGAUUCCUUUGUAUUUUUUGUUUUUCAGCACACCAGUGCUGAUGUAUGUUAUGAAACGCUCACCCUUGAGCCCUGGAUCGCUUAUUUUAAUCUAUAAAUGAAGUUUUGAUUUUUAGAUAUUUUUCCAGUUGACUUUGCUUGAGCUCAAAAACCGACGGCCAAGUUAUAUACAUGUAUGAAUAUAUCAAUAUACAUUAAAUUUUGUAUGUAUAAAGCUAUGUUUAUGGUGUAUGUGGCCCAGGGGACAUUUAGAAAUCUCUGAUCAUUUAAUAGUCAGGUCAAACAUUUCCGCUCUGGUUGGUUUAAAUGUGUGUAGCACUGGCUGGUCUCGACUAGUUCUAGCUGCUAAAGGAUAAAUGAUUUGUUCAGCGGUUGGUCUCUGUCUCAAUCUCAUGAACAUCAGCCGAAAAAGACGAGUUUGUUACUUAAAUCCAUUGACACGAGUGAUUCCUGAAGCCUCACUCUUCUGAUGGACCUCAUCUGAUAUUUGCCACAUUUUGGAGCUUUGUAGUAGUUUUUUAAAAUGUGUGUGUGUGUGUUGAUGUGACAUGAUGUACUUGAUGGAAAUGUAAGUUGUUUGUGUUGAUAAACUGCUAUUAUAACUUCAUUUAAAGACAAUUGUUGGAAGAAAAAGGUUAAAACAUUUACUAUGAAUGAGAGAUUGAGCAGUAAGGAAGUGUUUAUGGUGCCUUACAAAUAAAAGAUUCAUUGGACCUUUA